UUGCCAGCGCUUGCGACAGUCUGUGUGCAACGCUUGUUGAUGGUGGUAGUUGUUUGAAGCGGCAAUUGACAUUCUAUGCCAGUAAAGUCAGUGACUUUUCGACAUUCGAGAGAGGAAGUUAACGUUGUGACAGUUUAAGAUGAUGGAGGACGCUCGUUAAACGUUUUGCCGCGUUCAAGUAAUUAAUGGUGUGUUCAGUAGUGCGGUGGUUGAAAGUUAUAAAAUAAAAUUGUUCUUAUGAAAAGCACAAAGCAUUAUUGAAUAAAUGGUGGUUAGUUGGCGCUGUUACAGAAGGUCGAAGUUGUAAAUAUAAGACCCGUGUUCGUGUGUUUGUGCAACAUUUGCAAAUUAGCUCUAAUGACAGAUGUGCAAUGAGUUAAUGACACCGUUUGGAAAUAAGGUGAAUAUGUGUAUUAAACACAAAAAUUACUAGUGAAAUAGUGAAACUUAACGUUAAGUGUGAAUUUGAAUAAAAUAAUAAAAGUUGAGAAAUAUAAAAAACCCAAAGAGAGAUCGUAAGUGAGCGCUAAGCUAAUGACUCUUUAUUGCAUAAAAAAAAUUUUAAUAUUGCCACAUACAAACAUAUGCACAAAUACUGCAGAAAUAAGAAUAUUGUAAAUGCAAAGCAAUUCAUAGCGUUGCAUUCCAUUGGAUUAUGGAGUAAAUGCAAAACAUAAAUAUUUACAAGCCCGUUGCCAAGCUAACGCGUAAAAGCGAAAACAAACAACAAAAGGGAACAUAGCAAACAAGUGUUUUCAUACCAAUGCACCAACUCUGCCUGCCAUUUUCUUAUAUGCGUGCAUGUGAAAAGCUGCUGAAUUAACACAACAACAAAUAAACGUGUGUUUAAGGUGUGCAAAUAAAAACGCAAGAAAUAAUAAUAAGUAGUGCAAAUAACCGUAGCCGUAGCGUAAAGCGAAUAUUUAAUAAAAUAUUCCAUAACAGUGAAUUUACAAAAGAAAUUAAGACAAUAUUUCCAUAAAGUGAAAAAUAAAAAACAAAUACUAUAUAGCACAGCGAAACAACGAUUUAAAUAACAAAUAACAACAACAACAAACGAAAACGGCACCCACAACGCCAGUAAUGAGUUGAAUUUGGGCGAUAAACACGUUUGCCUUCACCGCGUCCAGCGCGUCGCGCUUACACGUACAAAGCAAUCUAUAAGCCAUACACUUAAAUCCACAUCGCGUGGCAGCGCGCGGCUGCAGAGUGUACACCAUACCCACAGCACCCCUACACACACCUAAACGCCGCUCAGCCCAAAAACAACAGGCGCCUUAAGUAAACCCCAUUACAUUCUGACCAAUUCGCUGCACAACAGUCAGCUGAACUGAGCAAAUUAACUUUGCUCUAAGCGUGGAAUAGCGCGCACACGGCGUGCUCUCGCUUGAUUUGCGUUUGAGCUAACCUGUCAUAGCACGCCAAUAUACAUACAUACGUGCAUACACAUACAUACGGAUACUGUCCGUGUGUGUUUUACCUUUUUGUCGUAGCACCGUUGCUGACGCUCUGCGCUUAUUGAAGUUUUCGUGGCUUUAGCACCUUUGCGCGAGCUUAAAUACCAGCGUACAGUGCCUAAUUCUCAUAUUGUGCGCUUGUGUUUGUGUUAACGCGUUUCACACACAUGCAUAUGUACGUUUGUUUAUACUCACACCAAACCGUGGACUUGUGUGCGCGAAAGAAAUAAAAAAGUGUUGUGGUAGCCGACUUAAAUCCGCAUGUGUUGGUGUAUUCAAAUCUUAAUACUGAAAAUAUUGGAGCUCUCGCAAAGCAGCAAUACAUAUAGGCAUAAAUAUUGAAAUAUACUGAAAUACACUGAAUAAAUUUUCCGACAGCACGCACAGAAGACAAGAGAACGUUCAAAAUGGCAACGUUUAUUGUCACAAAAUUAAAGAAAACCUAACCAAACGAAAUAAAUAUAUUUAACUAACGACGGAAAUUUAUAUUUACACAAUUUCCGAAAAAUCAACACAAAAGUAUUAAAACAACGACUGAGUUUAGAAUACAUACAUACAUAAGCAUACCAAAGAAUUACGCCGAUUCUUGUCAUUACGCUAAAUCUAAAAUAACGACAUACAUAUAAAUUUAUGCGUCAUGCCUUCACCGACAAAAUCUCUAAACCAACGCGAUCGUAUACGUGAUCCUCGAGAAGACAUCCUGCUCGAAACAAAUUUCGAAGAUGAUGGCAUAUUAACACGUGCCUACAACAACAAUCCAUACAAUGGGGGCACAGCAAUACACAAUCGUCGACGCAGCACCUACCGUUCAGAUCACUCUUUGGAUCGCUAUACCGAGCGUGGUGGCGAUGAAGGUGACUGCUGUCAAUCAUGUAUGUCCCGCAUACCAUAUGCCACAUUAAUAGCGACGCUCAUGUGCCUGCUUGGCGUCGGCAUAUUCUGUGGCACGAUGUAUCGAGGCGCCUCGUUGACGGUGAUUAUGAUGGAUCAAGUGUUUCAUUUACAUCUAAUUUGGAUUGAAGCGAUUCAAAUGAUUUUCGUCAUAAUUGCUGCGGGAAUGGCGGCGCUUGGCUUCAUGAUACUCUUCGUUGGUUUCCUCGCAACUGGAGCGACACGGUACAAGGUCUAUCGCGCGUGGCGUUCACGAGUGGGUGGACGCAUCUCGUGCGCAGUGUUCAUGGGCAUCACAUAUCUGCUAAACUUCGUUUGGAUAUUGAUUCUAUGCUUCUUGGUCAUAGUCACCUUCAUCUACACCAUGUUCUGGAAUAUGUGCUCAAGUGUGGAACGUUCGCUCAGCUGCAUCGAUUUAACACAAUUUCAUUUCAUGUUCCCGCCAAACACAAAACAGGAGGAUAUGAAAAUCUGCGAUAAAUAUGAGAUUAAAGCCUUCUGCAAGGAUGGCGUCGAGAAUGCCGAAGUCAUGUUUAUACUCGCUACAUUAGCUGCCCUACUCGUCAUACUCAGUCUGGUGCACUAUCUCAUGUGUCUGGCUGCCAAUUAUGCGCACAUCAGAGAUCAUGAAAAAUUCCAAGAACUACAAGAGAUUCAAAAUCUCAAUGAACUCGAGUAUAGCGCAACGUCAAAGGAUCGUUUCUAGGACAUAUUUCAGAAGAUUCAUUUUGAGCUUAAAGAGAAAUGAGCGAACAAAGCAGUGGAGAGAAAAUUACCACACAAAACUUCAUACACGCACACAAACAUGCAACACGUACACUUAGAGAAAUAAAGCAAAAGAACUGAUAUAAUCCACGAAUAACUAUGAAUAAUAUAGAUAAUGGUGUAUUAUGCACAUAAAAACUGAAGAUAAUGAGUAAUACAGUGAAUAUAUACAACAAAUUAAUAUUAGCAAGGCUAUGUGCGCAGCAACGUCACUAUUGUAAACUGAAAUUUUAUGAAGUACUGCGCGCAUUAGCUUUCAAACACAUCACAAACAUGAAUUUUCUGAAAUUUAUACAUAUGUAUGUAUGUACAUAUGUAUAUUUUAAACUUUUGUUUAAAAAUUAAACGUAAAUUUUUUGAGUUAACAUUUAAUUUUAAUAAUUUUUUUUUGUUUUUAUUUUAUAUAAUAAUUGUGUUAUGAUUUUGAAAAUUUCGUUAUUUUUUAAAAAGUGUACGAAAAAAUAUGUGUAGGUGUACAUAUUUUGCAAAAAUUUGCCGAAAAUUAUAUUUCAUAGUUGAAGUAAUUUACUUUUUCACACUUUUCAUGCUUUAAAAUUUUUUAACUUUUUUGAUAAGUUUUUGAUAGAUUUCAUGUGUUCACUUAAUUGAAGUUUGAAUUAAGUUAUAUUAAGCGAAUGAAUUGUCAUUCAUAAAUUUAUGUUUUAAUUUAAUUAAUUUAAUAGCAGUUAUUUGUGUAAAAAAUGCGCAAAAACGCCAAGAUACCAGACAUAUCAGUUUGAUUUUAUUACUUUAACAUUCCAAAAGCAGCAACAAGAAUUAAAAGUAUGUGUAUUUUAGAGCAAACUUUCGCCGUUGUUGCUAAAGUACCGUUAAAACCACA